AUGCCUCAUGUUUAUGUUAUUGCUAGCCGCAUCUACGGCAGUUACGCAAGGAGUUAUGUCUUGAUGAGAAAACAAUGCAUCAUGUUUAUGUUAAUGUUAGCCGCAUCUACGGCAAAUUAUUUUUCUACCUCGUGAACAGCAAAUCGGACGCCACUUACACAAGGACUUAUCUCUUGAUGAGAAAACAAUGCCUCAUGUUUAUGUUAUUGUUAGCCGCAUCUACGGCAGAUUAUUUUUGUACCUCAUGAAAAGCAAAUUGGACGCCAGUUACACAAGGACUUAUCUCUUGAUGAGAAAACAAUGCCUCAUGUUUAUGUUAUUGUUAGCCGCAUCUACGGCAGAUUAUUUUUGUACCUCAUGAACAGCAAAUCGGAUGCCACUUACACAAGGACUUAUCUCUUGAUGAGAAAACAAUGCCUCAUGUUUAUGUUAUUGUUAGCCGCAUCUACGGCAGAUUAUUUUUGUACCUCAUGAACAGCAAAUCAGACGCCACUUACACAAGGACUUAUCUCUUGAUGAGAAAACAAUGCCUCAUGUUUAUGUUAUUGUUAGCCGCAUCUACGGCAGAUUAUUUUUGUACCUCAUGAACAGCAAAUCGGAUGCCACUUACACAAGGACUUAUCUCUUGAUGAGAAAACAAUGCCUCAUGUUUAUGUUAUUGUUAGCCGCAUCUAUGGCAGAUUAUUUUUGUACCUCAUGAACAGCAAAUCAGACGCCACUUACACAAGGACUUAUCUCUUGAUGAGAAAACAGUGCCUCAUGUUUAGUAUUGUUAGCCGUAUCUGAGCGCGCUGAGAAAAAUCCAUUGAAAAUAAAAUUUCGAAAAGAUAUUGUCGAGUCGUACAAACCUGUUGUUUGGGCCGAGCCCAGACCAAUUUCCAUGUUGCAGAAUGUCAGUCAUUUGUGGAAUAACCACUUAUUUGUACCUCACAUGCUCCUUUGCGGUCUGGGUGUGUACACUUGA